AGCUCGCCUAUAUAGAUAGGGGCGGGGGUGGGUGCUCUCCUUUAUCUAUCUCCAUCUCAUGGCGGAUAUUGCAAGUGCUCUUGCCUUCUCGUAUUCUCGUUUUCUCUCGGGAACCGUGACACCCUUUGAUCUUUUGCAUCGUUUUCUGUAGUCAGAAUCUCUCCUUUCUUUCCUCUCGACCGAAGAAGUCACUUGGGUUGGGUUGGGUUGGGUUGGGUUGGUGGAGUUGGGAGGUUCUUGGAAAAUGGCUGUCGCUAUGGCCUCUGCUAGCCUCGCCACGCCCCUCUCCGGUCUUGGCAAGGCAUUUGAAGUGUCCAGAUCGAGUGUCGCUUCGGUUGCUGGGUUUUCCUCUCCUGGGUUGAAGACUGCGCGUUCUUGCCCUCUUCAUGGCCAAAGAUUGUCGUCUUCAAGGACAGUCAUUAGACAAGCAUCAACUGCUCCUACUCUGGAGGAUGGAAGUCAGAGUGAAACUGACAUUGUUCCAACCCCUAAAGUUAUCAUAGAUCAGGACUCCGACCCAGAUGCCACUGUUCUGGAGAUCACAUUUGGGGAUCGCCUAGGAGCUCUCCUUGAUACAAUGAAUGCAUUAAAGAACCUUGGCCUGAAUGUUCUCAAGGCAAAUGUAUAUUUGGAUUCUUCAGGAAAGCACAACAAGUUCGCCAUAACCAAAGCUGAUACUGGCAGAAAGGUUGAGGAGCCGGAGUUGCUAGAGGCUAUCCGAUUAACAGUUAUCAAUAAUCUCAUGGAGUAUCACCCGGAAUCAAGUACUCAAUUAGCAAUGGGAGUGGCAUUUGGAGCUGUACCACCAACACAGAAGGUUGAUGUAGACAUCGCCACGCGCAUAAAUGUUGUCGAUGAUGGUCCUGAUCGAAGUUUGCUGUUGGUGGAGACAGCUGAUCGUCCUGGUUUACUGGUGGAUCUUGUGAGGAUCAUAACUGACAUCAAUAUUGCUGUGGAUUCAGGAGAGUUUGACACUGAGGGUUUGCUGGCUAAGGCAAAAUUUCAUGUCAGCUACAAGAACAAAGCCAUCAUCAAGCCUCUCCAGCAGGUCCUCGCAAAUAGUCUGCGGUACUUCUUGAGACGUCCAUCGACUGAAGAGGGGAGUUUUUGAGCCAUUGUACCGCGUAGUACGAAUGGGAGAGUGUAAAUCAUUGAUCAUUCUGGUCGACAUUUAAUAUGUGUCCACCAUUUGUUACAUUCUACAGUCUACUCAAUCAUCAGUAUGAUAUGUCUGCAGAGUGUUAAACUAAAAAUGUAGAGGGAUAAGCUUCCAUUGAACUGCUACAGCAGUGAACUGUAACUUUAUGUAUCGAACUGUUCCUGAAUGAAUGCUGUUGUACACUAGGUCCAUACCCUUGGUUUUUAUCUGUCGUCAGUUGUAUUGGCCUGUAGGCUUGAAAUGUGAAUAUGCCAUAUCUGAUCCUA